AUGUCUGCUACCUCUAAUGAUGGCGGGGUUGAUUACGCUCUUUAUCGGUAUACACCGUCCAUCUCUGCAGCAGCAGUCUUUGCUGGAAUUUUUCUUAUUCUUUCUAUUUUCUAUUUGAUUCGGCUGGUCCGAAAUCGCACCUACUUUUUCAUCCCUUUCAUUGUUGGAUUACUAUUUGAAUGCGCCGGUUAUAUCGCUCGCAUCUUCUCACACUUCAAUACGACUGCACUUGGUCCAUAUAUCGUUCAAACAAUGUUGAUCCUGGUCGCACCCCCGCUCUUUGCUGCUUCUGUCUACAUGACCCUCGGUCGUGUUGUGAUUAAACUCAAUGCAGAAGACAAAUCGAUCGUUCCAGUCCGGUUUCUCACCAAAUUAUUCGUGGUUGGGGAUGUAAUUUCAUUCCUUUUGCAAUGUGGAGGCGGCGGUUAUAUGGCUGCUGGAACUUUAUCUGCGAUGGACACGGGUGCCAACAUUGUAGUUGGUGGCUUGGUUGUUCAGCUUCUCUUCUUCGGUUUUUUCGUUAUUGUUUCCGCUGUGUUCCACUGGCGGGUCGUCAAGAAGCAACCGCGAUACAGUCAUAUCUCCAGUGAGCAGUCGCAUAGGCCCACGACUCGAAUGGCAUGGGAAGCUAUCAUGUGGGCACUUUAUGCGGCCUGUUUGCUUAUAUUAGUCCGGUCUGUCUUUCGAGUCGUGGAAUUCGUUGAGGGCAACAAUGGCUUCAUCAUGCGCAGGGAGUAUCUCUUAUAUAUUUUUGAUGCUUGCCUUAUGGCAUUGACUGGAGGUUUGUUGAUCUUUAUCUACCCCGGAUCUUUCUUGUCCAAAAGUGGCAACAAGAGGGAUAGUGAGCUUCAACUCGUCGCUACGGAGGAAGGACUCGCUCGUGCAGAGUCAAUUUCCAAGGGCCGAGCGAAUUGA